AUGACUCCCCAUUCAUCCGAGAGCUCUCGCGAGGCGGAUUCUUCGACUGCAUUGUCGUCGGAAGACCAAGACUGCACUGGCAAUGACAAUAACAAGACAAUGAAAGUCGCUCAGUUUGUGGUCGAGCCCGACAAUGACAUCUUCCGGGGGAACAUUGCCGCCAAGGCUGCCAACGAUCAUGAGCAGACCAUGUCCACCAAGUACGCCUUGAAAUACUACAGCAUUGCCAUGGCCUGGGCUGCAGUCAUGGCAGCGCCCAUCAUCAUGGAAGCCUACGAAACGGCAAUGGUGCCCACCUUCUUUUCCUACCGGGCAUUUCAGUGCAAGUAUGGCCUGAGGAACGAUGAAACGGGUGACUGUUACAUCCCGACUGGUUGGCAAUCUGGAAUCACCAUGGCGGCCUCUAGUGGUCAACUUGCUGGUCUUUAUAUGGCACCGCACAUCGUCAACCGCAUGGGAUACCGCAUCUGCAGCGUUGCCGGAUUCAUCAGCGCCGCGCUCUGCCUCAUGAUUGGCUUUUGGUCCAUGGACACAGAUCGUGCUUUGGCUGUAUUUCUGAUUGGCGAGAUGCUCCUGGGGGUACCUUGGGGCAUGUUCCAAGGCAUCACCCUCCCCUACGUUUCAGAUAUCACGCCGCUCAAGCUGAAGGGGCCCGCCACGACCAUGAUCAACGUCUUCUGGCUUGUUGGCCAGAUGGCUUCAGCAGGUGUCGUGAGCGGCGCGAGCGCCAUGAGCAGCCGAGAGUGGAGCAUCAAAACCCCAAUGAUUAUUCAAUAUGCUUGGCUUGUUCCUCUUGUAGCCCUUGUCUUGAUGGCUCCCGAUAGCCCUUUCUACCUGAGUCGGAAUGGGCAGGAUGGGCAGGCCAGGGCAACUCUCCGGCGGCUCAACAAGGAUCCCGUGUUCGACGCGGAUGGGGCGCUUGCUAUGAUCAGCGCCAUCAAUCGCCAUGAGGAGAAGACAUCGACAGAUAUGGGGCUGACGGAAUGUUUCCGCGGCAUCAAUUUGCGACGAACAGAGAUUGCUGUCAUCAGUUAUGUCACACAACAAUGGGUUGGCACGCCGCUCAUGUUCUACUCCGUCAAGGUCCUCCAGAAGGGUGGUCUAUCUCAAGCCUCUUCUCUACGUCUCACCAUUGGCAUGUACGCCCUUUGCAUCGUGUCGACCGUGGCGUCCAUGGGGGCGAUGCGGUUUUGGGGACGCCGAAAUCUGUGGCUCGGUGGAUUGGCUGGUGAAAUCACCUGCCUGAGUAUCAUUGGAACCCUCUCUUUUUUCCUUGGCGAGGACGAUGGGAAAAAGACGGGGGUUCCUUGGGCCAUUGCUGCUUUCCUGAUUCUCUAUGCCGCCAUCUACAACUUUACAAUUGGACCACUUUGCUACACGAUUGUGGCCGAGAUGCCGGCUACUAGACUCAAGGCUGCCACCAACUCGCUUUCCCGUUUCAUUUACUUAAUCUUUGCCAUGACGAAUUUGUACCUGGUCCCGAACCUUUUGGAGGGUGCGCCGGUUGGAUGGGGCCUCGGGACCAGGGCAGCUCUGGUUUGGGCGGGCUCAGCCACGGCCUGCCUGAUUUGGGCUUUCUUCCGCCUGCCCGAGACGAAGGAUCGCACCCCAGCCGAGGUCGAUGUCCUGUUUGAGAGGAAGGUUAGGGCUCGCAACUGGUCCAGGGCUGUUGUUGUGUAA